UCUUGUGAUCAUGGCACAUGCCAAGCGGCACCGGAAACAAAGCCCGGGGCACAGCGGGGAUCCGAGAUCCACAGCGGCCUUCGCCGCGUCAUGGCGACGGCAAAGGAGUUUCGAGACAUUGGUUAUAGAGGUCUGACUUUCAUCAAUUCAUCGGCUCGUCGAAACCGUCCACAUUUUACUUUCAACAAGGGAACAGGACAGGCAUGUCGCCGUGGAAAGAUGCCCAUCCCUCUAACCCACACUACAACAAAUUAAAUAAGGUACCUUUUUUGGGCAUAAUACCUUUUUUUCCUCUUCGAGUACAAGCGAGACCACACUGCAAUGGCGCCUCAUGAAAUCAGGUGUGCCAUCCCUCGCCGUCAUAGAACGCAGCGUCCCAUGCUCUUGUUCCUCGGCGGGUUCUUUUUCUUAACGCUAUGCUGGUUCACAAGCCAUUUCCCCGGGAUGCGGCAGCUCACUAGCAUGCGUCCAUUCGGACCCUCGAUGUUACCUCAAAAGGACCCCGACAUGACGUCGUGGACAGCGGAAACCGCGCCAGUGCCCCACCAUGGCCCUCAGGCUGCAGGAGGAGCUUCAGAGGUACAGGUGCCGCUCGGCGAUGAAGGCGACCCAGAGGUCCCAGACUCUGGAGAUUUUCAGGACUACCCGAAAAUGGCCUACGGGACAAACAAGCACCCGCCUCUUAGGGAUGACCCGCCUACGCUCAUACAGGAACUCGCUCCAGAACAUGUCCCGAGGUAUUCUGCCCCUUCGACAGAGACCCCCGGAGGAAGGCAAAGGCCAGGUAGAAGACUCGUCGUCGUCGGUGAUGUGCACGGCAAUGCAGCUGCGCUUAAGGCGCUGCUUCGGAAAUUGAACUUUGACAACAGGAAUGGGGACCACCUCGUCCUCGUUGGUGACAUGAUCACCAAGGGUCCGGAUAACCGCGGCGUGGUCCAGCUUGCCAUGCAGCUUGGUGCGAGCGCGGUGCGUGGGAAUCACGAGGACAGGGUGUUGGCUGCUGCGAGGGAGAUGCACCGCAUAUCGGCAGACGCCUGGUCUGGGGCCGACGGGCGGGACGGGGAAGAGGACCAAGGGAACGACGAGGGCGAUGGCGAGGGUGAGGGCAAUACCGACACCGUCCUCAGCGACAAUGACGAAGGAGAUGAGGCCGAAGCAUAUCGCAAAAAGGACCACGCCCGCAAGGUUGCCAAGUCCCUCUCGAGGGCCCAGUUGUCCUGGCUCCGCUCCCUUCCCGUCAUUCUCCGCAUCCCCAGACUCCCAGACGCGAAAUUGCCGCCGUUCAACGCGGGCACCAUCGCGGUAGUCCACGCGGGGCUGGUUCCCGGUGUGCCACUGGAGAAGCAGGAUCCGUGGGCUGUCAUGAACAUGCGGAGUCUGGUGUACCCGCGCACUAACAAAGGCAAACAAGCCGGGAAGGACGGCGGUGUUGAGACUUACGACAAUGAAGAGUCCGAUGUUGAAAUCGACGCCGUUGCCGUACCCGUUGACGGCCGGAACGGUGAGCCGUGGAGCCACGCAUGGUAUGCUUUCCCUAGUCUUUUUGAACCCUUCCGCUUCCUCCUGCCUCUGAAACACUUUCACACACCUCACUACAUCUAUCAUCAUUUAUCCUCACAAUCCUCUUUCGCUGUCAUUCCCCCUUCCAUCCCGUCUCCCCGACCUUCCAUCCUUAUUUGAACACGCACGAUCCCCUCUCAUCCCAUCCUCUAUACUAUAAUCCACCACCAUUUAAACGACCCAUUUCCAUCUCAACAAACCAGCCAACCACUAA